AUAUUUCUAAUUUUGAACUACUUUUCCAACAAUUCAAGCUGCCUGAAGCUUUAUUUUCCCUAGAAGUACAUUUGUUACCUUGUACAAUCAUCUUAACCUCAGUACUCGGAGACAUUUACCUUAAUUUGGCCCUUUUGAUUUGCAUAACUUUAAGUUAAAUUAUUCUCAACUUUUAUUUUUAAUUAUUCUGUUUUAUUUUUUUAUCUAUUCAUUUUUUUACAAUUUCUUUAAAAUCUGAUUUUUCUGUCCUUGAAGUGUUGCCCUUAUUAUCAUUACUAUAAUUGUUUUAUUUGAACUGUUCAUAAUACUUGUUUUUGAUAUACUUGUUGUAUGAUAUGGGUCUGAAUAUUACUGUGAAGGUGAGUGGCGGAGAAGCGUUCACUCUUGAGGUUGAGCCUGAGAUGACAGUUUUACAGCUUAAGGAGAGGUGUUCUGAUAAAGCAAACGCCCCUGCGGAUAAACAGCGACUAAUCUUUAAAGGUCGUAUUAUAAAGGAUGAAGAAGUUCUAAGUGCUUUAAAUGUUGAGGAUGGGAACACCAUUCACCUGGUUAGAAGUGGCCUUAAGCCAGCCUCUUCUGCUCCUCCAACUGCAACGCCAACAGCCCCCACCGCUACUACUCAAAAUACAACAACGCCCACCACAGGCGAAAAUCAGCCGUUCGGUCAAGUACCAGGAUUCAAUCAAGAUUUUAUGUCACAAAUGUUUCAAGGUGGAAUGGGAAAUAUACCAGGAAUGCCAGAACUGAAUCCGCAGAGCGCAGCUGCACUUCUUAAUUCUCCAGUAGUUCAGGAAAUGCUAACUCAAAUUAGCUCUAAUCCUGAACUAUUCAGAACACUUGUAGAGUCUUCGCCUCUUCUACAACCAAUGGUGCAACAAAACCCGAUGUUUGGACAAAUGUUGAAUAAUCCAGAGUUGUUGAGGACUUUGAUGAGGCCAGGAAUGUUACAGGCUGGGCUUCAGAUGCACCAAGCAAUGCAGCAGACAAACAUGAAUAACCAAGGAAAUACCAACACCGCAACUCCAAACCCAACAACCACGGAGAACCCCUUUGCAAAUUUUCAAAUGCCGGGAACAAUGCCAUUCCCGACAACCCCAGUGGAUACCAGACCACCCGAGGAGCGUUUCAGCACACAGCUACAAUCACUCCAGGAGAUGGGAUUCACCGACCAAGCCGCAAAUCUCCAAGCUCUGGUCCAAACCAACGGUGAUAUUUCAGCGGCAAUCGCACGUUUAUUAAAUCAACCCUGAAUUAAUAUUAUAUUAACAUA